AUGAUUUGGGAAGUUGUUGCAUGGGCCUUCCUACCCGAAAAAGAAGAGCUUCGAUCCGGUCUAAUCCUCGUCGGAAUAGCCCGCUGUAUCGCAAUGGUCUUAAUAUGGACCGGUCUAGCCGGCGGCUCAACAUCCUACUGCGCCAUCCUCGUCGCCAUAAACAGUCUCCUCCAAAUGAUCCUCUUCGCCCCCCUAUCCGUCCUCUUCAUCUCGGUUAUCUCACACUCCAAACAUCACCCCCACUUCUCCUACCCAACCAUCGCCUCCAGCGUCGCCGUCUUCCUGGGCAUCCCCCUCGCCGCCGCAAUCCUCACCCGUUUCCUCCUCCGCCACCUCACCUCCCCAGCAUGGUACGAUACGCAAUUCCUCAAAUACCUCUCUCCCUUCUCACUACUCGGUCUCCUAGCCACCAUCCUCAUCCUCUUCGCCAGUCAGGGCCAACACGUUAUCCAGCAAAUCGUCUCCGUGGUGCGCGUCGCUGCACCCCUAAUCGUCUAUUUCGCACUCAUUUUCUUCCUUACUCUAUUUAUCUGUGCCAAGAUGGGUUUCGGGUACAAGGUAGCUACGACGCAGAGUUUUACCGCCGCGAGCAAUAAUUUCGAAUUAGCUAUUGCGGUCGCGGUUGCGACCUAUGGUGCUGAUAGUGAGCAGGCGUUAGCGGCUACUGUGGGUCCGUUGAUUGAGGUGCCGGUUUUACUAGCGUUAGUGUAUGUAGUGAGAUGGGUUGGGGAGAGGAGAGGGUGGAGGGAUUAA